CUGCGCACUGGCUGCGGACCGAGCGCCGAGCUAGGGAGACCAGCGGCUGGCGCUGGGCCGCAUGGAGCUGCUGGCGCUGCACACGCGGCGGCGGCGGGGGGCGCUGGUCCCGCCCGAGUCCGCGGGAGAACCGGAGCGCAAACGAGUAUGCAAGAGUUUAGAGCCCAUUCCAAAUGAGAGUGAUUUUUGCCACCAAUUAAAUGAAUGUGCUAUGGAUUACUGGACUAUGGAGCUGGAUUCUAAACAGAAAGGUACCACAGAACAAUUUAUUCCUCAGACCCCUAAGGAAAAGCCAAAUUCAAUGAUUUUUCAAAAUCAUGGAAGCAAAGGUACUGCCCAGCCUUGCCCAAGAUGUAUUGCAGGAGAAUCUGGACACUUCAACCAUAUUAUGGGCUUCUAGAAGAGGAGAGCCUGCAAAGCAGCAGUGUUCGAUUUCUGUUUUUAAAACGUAAGAACAUGCAUGUGUAAACACCAUACAGCUGGAUUUCUGUACACACCCAUUCAAUUAAUGUGGAUCUAGAUUUGUUAUACAUUAUAUAAGAUUUUGUGCCUUAUGUUGUAUUUUUAAUACAAAAAUCCAUAUUCCUUUGUUUUUAUAGUUUAAGAAGUUAUUAGUGCAAAUAACUUCCAUCUUGAUCCUUCCUUCCUACUCCCUCCCUGAGGCCCUUCACACAGGCUAGUGUUUCAUUCAGACAUAGGUGUUUUUAGUAAUGGGUAAAGAAAGUCAUGAAAGUAGGUCUGAUUUUGCUUUGUUAUAAGAGUUUAGUUAGCCCAGUGUCCAGUCCUGCAAACCCUUAGUUCUCUGGCUCCACUCUCUGUUCCUUUUGGGAACCAGUUGGGGCACUGGUAGUGACCAUCCCUGUGCUCAGAUGAGAAUAGGGACUGCAUUUGUGGCCUAGCUUUUUCUAGAAGUCUAUACAGAUUGACAAAGCAGAGGUUCUCUUUACACACCCACAGCCUCUGUACGCUUGCACAGAGGCCAAUAACAAUCUGGUCCUAAGCUUUCCAUUGUUUGUUACUCACCAAAAACAUAUUCCCCCAUCCAUUUUAAGAACUUUCUACUUGUUUAUAAAUGAACACAGUUUUACACAGACACACCCAUCUCUGAAAAAGAAAUACUAUUUUUGCAACAUUCCAGCAUGUGAAAUUGAAUGGUAGCACCUGUGCUAUGCAGUUCCCUGCUCAAAGCUGCCAAGGACACAACCAGUUUGCCACUGCUUUACUUUAAUAGGGAAGACUCACUUGCUUUCCAGUUGUUGGUUUGGUUGCUGCAUCUUGGCCACUGCUGAAAUUGUUUGAACAUUAUUUUAAUCUCUAUUUCUUGGCAGUAUUCAUUUAUAUUUCAUUUUUAUCAUAUGUAUCAUAUUAAAGUUUUCAGGCAUCCUAACAUAGGGCUCGAUAAUGCUGUCAGAGUGAGGAUGAGGGAUGGGUGCACUGUCCCAGGGGUUGCUCUGGAAGGAAUUCACUGGUGGAAGGUUCUGGAGCAGAGGAGGUAUAGCCAGCGUAUUGGGCACCUGCCUGGGAGACUGAUGGCAUAUGGCCCAAACUCUUUCAACUCUCUUUUGCUGUGUCAUACCCUAGAAGGUGCACACAGAGAGAAAUCUCUGAGCUACAGUUGUACCUAACUGCUGCUCAAGGGAGGGCUUCCUUUAAGCAGCCAGUCAAAUAGGUUAGCCCAAAACAAAGAUUAUGGGCCAGAUCCUUCACUCUAGUUAACCUAUGAUCAGCACAGGGGCAGCAGGGCAGAGUUGGCAUUAGAACAGUAUUCUGCCUCCGCAGUUCUGGGAGCAUCCAGGGACCAGUUCAACUCCCAGAGCAUCUUAGGACUGCAGCCCUGAAGCUGCAAGUACACCAGGCUGGUAAUAGCUCUCAAAGGGCUAGUAUUCAGACAGGAAUUGACAGGGCACAAGACAUUCAAGCCAAGUCCCCUUCAAACCACUAGAAUGCCUUUUGUGUUGGGUGGAGGUAGAAGGAGCACGUGGUGUAGGGCUGGCUGUUUCUUAAAAAUAUAUGAAUCUUAAAUAAGUUGAUACCACAUUGAUGGACACCGUCUAAAGAGCAAAGACAGACAGGCAAUAAGCAUGACUAGGUAUGAGUUUCUCUGCAGUUAUAGUACAAGUAGAUGGUCGAAGGUACAAAGGCAUCUGAAAGUUCAGUUAUUGCACAAUGACUCAAACGCUCUUUUGUUUUAUUAAAUAAGGUCUGGUCCACACCUAAAAUUUAUGUCAAUCUAGCUAGAUCACUCCAGGGGUGUGAAAAAUUCUCACCCCUUAGAGAUGUAGUUAAGCCUGUUUAUGCCCCUGUGUAGAAACCACUAGGUCAAUUAAAGAAUUCUUCCAUCAACCUGGCUGCUGCCUCUCAAGGGGUCGCCUCUCUACAACUAUUGAAAAACCUAUUACCUCACUGUAGCAAGCGUCUACACUUUUGUGCUACUGCAGCACAGCUGCAGCACGAUAGCUGUGCCCCUACAGCACCUAUAGUGUAGAUGAGCCCUAAAUGUAAUCAUGGGUAUAACAAUAUAUAACUAAAGAAAAGAUCGGGCUAAAACAACAUGUAACCAAAGAAGAGAUGGGGCAAAAGCAGACUUGACUCUGCUCAGGAAUGAGUUUGUGCCAGUACAUAUUAUAGCAAUAGUGUGUCACCAGUUUUAAAACAUUGGAAGAUACGUCUUUAUGUAUUAUCAGUUUGGAGAGAUGCUUAUUUGUUAACAAAGAUAUGAAUUCUUUCAGUGAAUUAUUGAUAAUGUACAUGCAUAUUUCUUCUGUUUGGUCUAAACUGCUGAGCUUUAAUUCUGUUAUGAGAUGUGGCAAAAAAUGAGGGUCCAAGUAUUGUUCAUUGUGCCCUUCAUAAUUUUUAUAUCAUGUUCCCACUAACUCUUCUCCCUUCAGGCUAUACAAUACUUGGUUUUUGUAAUAUCUCACCUUACAGAAAUCACAAGGAUUGGUCCCAGUCCUUGGUGGUAUUACAGAGUGUUGAUUAAGUUAUACUAGUGUUUGAUUAUAAUGGGUUUUUUAUCACUGUUGCUGCACAGUGGGAAGGUAUUUCAUUAUGUUAUCCACAGUGACUCCCAAGACUUCAUCCUUGGACUGUACUAUACCUGUUGAGUCCAACAACAAGAGAAUUUUAGACUGUUCUUACCACUUUUGCUUGUAACAUGAGCAUGGGCCUGUUUCACCAUUGCCCUGCAUCUUGUGUGGUCACUUACCCCAGAGCAGAAGAAUAAUAUGCUAGCAAAUCAGACUGGUAGCAUUUUACAUCUCUUUGCGCUGUCUCAUCCUUUAGUGUUUCAGCGAUAGUGUUUAUUCAUUUGAAUAGACUUAUAUGUACUGAACAUCUAAACGCUACAGUUCAGAAAGUAAAUUGGAUAAAAUCAUAAAAACUGUACACCAAUUUCAGAAUAGGUUGUCACAAAAAUAGUUAAUUUAUAGUUAUCUUUUGCACUGUAUAGCAACAGUAUGAGACUUCUUUAUUUAGGAACAAUACUUGGGCUGUCAAUAGCCGUUAACUCAUGCGAUUAAAUCAAAUUAAUUUUUAAUUGUGACUAAUCAGUUUUAAUCGCAUCAUUAAACAGUAGAAUACCAAUUGACAUUUAUUAAAUAUUUUUGGAUGUUUUUCUACAUUUUUAAAUAUAUUGAUUUAAAUUACAACACAGAAUACAAAGUAUACAGUGCUCACUUUAUAUUAUUUUUAUUACAAAUAUUUGCACUGUAAAAUAACAAAAGAAAUAGUAUUUUUCAGUUCACCUCAUACAAGUACCGUAAUGCAAUCUCUUUAUUGUGAAAGUGCAACUUACAAAUGUCUUGCAGAUUUUUUUUGUUACAUAACUGCACUCAAAAACAAAACAAUGUAAAACUUGAGCGCCUACAUGUCCACUCAGUCCUACUUAUUCAACCAAUUGCUAAUACAAACAAGUUUGUUUAAUUUUACGGGAGAUAUUGCUGCCCGUUCCGUAUUUACAGUGUCACCUGAAAGUGAGAACAGGCAUUCACCUAGCACGUCUGUAGCGAGCAUUGCACGGUAUUUACAUGCCAGAUAUGCUAAACAUUUGUAUGCCCCUUCAUGCUUCGGCCACCAUUCCAGAGGACAUGCUUCCAUGCUGAUGCCGCUCGUUAAAAAAAAUAAAUGUGUUAAUUAAAUUUUGACUGAACUGCUUGGGUGAGAAUAGUAUGUCUCCUGCUCUGUUUUACCCGCAUUCUGCCAUGUGUUUCAUAUUAUAGCAGUCUCGGAUGAUGACCCAGCACACGUUCAUUUUAAGAACCUUCACUGCAGAUUUGAAAAAAACCCAAAGAAGGUACCAAUGUAAGAUUUCUAAAGAUAGCUCCAAAAUCUGAGAGGGAUGAGGUGUGGAUCAUGCUUUCAGAAGCUUUAAAAGAGCAACACUCCAACAUAGAAACUACAGAACCCAAGCCACCAAAAAAGAAAAUCAGUCUUCUGCUGGUGGCAUCUGACUCAGAUGAUGAAAGUGAACAUGUGUGAGUCUGCACUGCUUUGGAUCAUUAUCGAACAGAACCUGUCAUCAGCAUGGAUACAUGUCCUCUGGGAUGGUGGUUGAAGCAUGAAUGGAACAUAUGAAUCUUUAAUGCAUCUGGCAUGUAAAUAUCUUGUGACGCUGGCUACAACAGUGCCAUGCGAACGUCUGUUCUCACUUUCAGGUGACACUGUAAACAAGAAGCGGGCAGCAUUAUCUCCUGCAAAUGUAAACAAACUUGUUUGUCUGAGUGACUGGCUGAAUAAGAAGUAGGACUGAAUGGACUUAAAGGCUCUAAAGUUUUACAUUGUUUUAUUUUUGAAUGCAGUUAUUGUUUGUACAUAAUUCUACAUUUGUAAGUUCAACUUUCAUGGUAAAGAGAUUGCAUUACAGUACUUGUAUGAGGUGAAUUGAAAAAUACUAUUUCUUUUGUUUUUUACAGCCCAAAUAUUUGUAAUAAAAAAUAAAGUGAGCGUUGUACACUGUGUUCUGUGUUGUAAUUGAAAUCAAUAUAUUUUAAAAUAUAGAAAACAUCCAAAAAUAUUUAAAUAAAUGGUAUUCUACUAUUGUUUAACUGCAAUUAAUUAAUUAACUGCACGAUUAGUCGCAAUUAUUUUUUUUAAUCGCUUGACAGCCCUAAACAAUACUAUAAAACUGUUGGAAGAAAACGCUCACUUAGCUAAGUGAUGACGAUUAUGAACUGAUGUAAUCUACUGUGCUUUAACAAAUUAGAGAAUGAAGUCCUUCCAGCCUAUUUCAACCCUCACCUGCCACUGUGAGUUUGCAAAUAGUAUUAGGUAAACCAGUUGUCUCUACCAGUUCACAUAAUACAUAUGGUUGUUGUAAAGUACGGAAUAGUUGUAUAAAGCAGAAUAUAGUGUUCCCUUCUGUUCCUCAGAGAAAGACCCAUUAAGAGAAUUUCUGCUUAGACCUUGCCACACUUCUCCAUGAAUGAGGAAUAUCAUUUUAACUUUCGCAUUCCCACACUCUUACUUAAUAAGCCAAUUUUCUCUAGUCCUUUGAACACCAUAUGUUAUUACUGUGCUUUAGUUCUGGAUAUCACCUAAUUCUCUUGCUGCUUAAGUAAACCUUAAGACCUGAGAUUACAAUUUGCACUGAAAUUAUAGGUUAUUUCAGAUCUGCAUUUUUAGUCAUCUUGUAAUUCUGAUGCUUCCACCUUCUUUCAUAGUCUGCAAAACAAACAGAAAAAAUUGGUCAACCAUUCCUCUGAUGCUAAUCGACAGUCUUGCUACUUUUGAUUAGCAUUGGUGGCUUUACUGUACAUGAAGUAGGUCCUUCACUAAUCAGUCUUAUCAAAAUUACUUCUCAGAUUAAUUCACAUUGUGAAAGUAUAUUCAUCCUAACUUCGUAAUGGCAUCUACUAACAAUCCCCUUAAUACUUUUUUUCUUAAUGUAGUUUACAAUAAAAUAUUGAAAAACUUCUGGGAUGUAAAAUUAUAAGAGGAAGGUAUGCAGCAUAUUUUUUAAAAUCACAACAAUCUAGGAUCCACCAAUCUGACAAUCCACCCAUUGUUUUGAACUUGUAGUGUACUGCACAUGGCCAGAAUCCCUAAAAUUAAUUUAGCCAGCCUACUUGUGUUUCUGGGGAUGCUGCUAGAUGCUGUUUAAUAAAAUACUUCUGUGUAGAUUCAAAUCCAACUUUAGGUAUAGUGUCCAUAACCAUUUGUGAAACACCUAGUAUAGUUAAGCAUCACUUUCUGGGGCCCUAUCAUAUUCCCAAUGAAUUCAAUAGCAAACUCCCAAUUGUUUCGUUGGGAGUAAGACAUGGCCCUCAAGGUGUCCCUGAUGUUCUUCCCUUGGCCUUUUCACAGGACAGUCACUGUUGUUCAGUAUCAGAUACCAACUUUUGCUGGUUCUUACUGGAAACAAUGUAAUUUCUCUUGAUUUUCAUGAACUAGAAAAUAUGUAAAAUUCCAUUGCAGAAAUUGAGUGGGUGACUUUUCAUUUCCAUAUCUGAAGCUUUAGGGCAACUCUGGGCUGCUUUGUAGUAUGUUUACAUGCUAAAAUGGUUUUGAAAUUUUUUUUCCCCCUAAUGGAAUAUGGAAUGUGUGUCUAAACAGGCCAGUAUGAAAACCUUUUGAAAGAGAGAUCUUUUAAUAUAUUAAAGACAUAACAAUACUAAUUUGUUUUAAUGUAUUGUAUUUGUCAUCCAGUUCCAGGCUUGCCAUCGGUCAGAAUGGUAAAGCUGUUGUAAUGGGUACAGACAAAUACAAUACAGAUUUGGCGAGGUAAGCAUUCUUCAGCGAAGACUUGUUAAAUCUGCACUAGAACCACAAAAUUAUUGUUUUGAGAGUUUUCCUUACCAUAUAAUGUAGCACUGUGGUAUUUUGAUUUUAUUGGUAAUGUUAUAUACACUUUAUAUUUCCUAAUGUUUAUGCUUUUGUACACAAAAUAACCUGUAUGAGGUACAUUUGAAUGUGUAUAGCAAUACACAGACUUGUUUCCUGGUUUUAAUCCAGAUAUAACUGAUACAAUCUAAUAUUUUUAUCUGAUCUUUUUUAACUUUGUAUUUUGUAAAUUGCUGUUCACAAAAGCAGUAAACACCAUCUUGGCUUAAAA